CUUACACUUCACCCUUGAUCCUUCUCUAUUUCUCAGAAAGUACUUUAUCUAAACCACCACAGUUAUCUCUAAUCACUGUGUUAAUCAGCUCCUACAAUGCUAUGUGUUUUCACAAUUUGAAGACCAUAAAUUCCUCCUUCAACACCAUCAACACCACCAUUCAUUCAGAUGAUUCGCUUCCAAAGCAUCAAACCCCUUUUUCUCCACUCCAAGGGACUCACAACCCCUUUUACCUCAACACUCUCUCUGAAACACUUCUCCCUCACUUCGCAACAACACUCAUUCACCGUUUCCUACCUCAUAGACACCUUUGGCUUCUUACCACAAACCGCUCUCAAGGUUUCCAAGCACGUUAGCUUCGGUACCCCUCAAAAGCCCGACUCAGUCAUCGCUUUCUUCAACAGAAAUGGAUUCACCCACGCUCACAUCAACAACAUCGUCAAAAGCAUACCCAACAUACUCAUAUGCAACGCUGACGAGAGGCUUUCGCCAAAGUUCCAAUUUUUACUCUCAAAAGGUGCUUCUGCUUCUGAUAUCGUUCGCCUCGUUAAUAGGUGCCCCAGAAUCCUCGUAUCCAGCCUCAAGAACAACGUGAUCCCCUCCUUCGAAUUGGUGAGAAGGUUCCUCCAAUCUGACCAGAAAACCAUUGAUUGUGUUUUCUGUAGUAGACCUUUCCUUCGAUAUAACGUUGGAUCGCAGAAUGUGGAUAUGUUGCUUGAUGUUGGAGUCAAGGACUCCGGCAUCGGCUAUUUGUUCAGAGGGAGGCCCUCUAUAUUCUUGUCUACUAACUUGAGGGAGGUUAUUGAUGAAGUUAAGGAAAUGGGGUUCGACCCCUCCAAGAUAACUUUCGUCAUUGCCUUGCACGCCAAAUGGGUUCUGUCGAAAUCGCGGUGGGACGCGAAAGUUGAUGCCUUUAAGAUGUGGGGUUGGUCUGAGGAAAUGGUUUUUGAUUCGUUCAGGAAGCAUCCCCUCUUAAUGUUGGUAUCCAAAGAUAAAAUUAAUGAGAUCAUGAGAUUUUGGGUUGUUGAAUUAGGUUGGGACCCUUUGGCACUAGCCAAAAUGCCCAAUAUUUUUGGAUUCAGUUUGGAGAGAAGGAUUGUUCCCAGGGGUUUGGUUGUCCGGUAUUUGAUUGCCAAAGGUUUGAGAGAGAAGAGUGCCAACUUGUAUACCCCGUUUGGUGUUUCUGAAGAGUUGUUUCUUAAAAGUUUUGUGAUGCGUUUUAAGGAGGAAUCGUCUCAACUGUUAAAGCUUUAUCAGAGCAAAAAAUGUUUCCAAGAAAACAGGGAGGACGGUGUAGAAUCUGCCAGUUAGCAAGUGGAUUACUUAAGAGAACAAAUUUAACGAUGUUGAUCCAAGUACUUUUGUUAAUCUUGUCGAAGUAGCAAUUGAUUUAACUGAGAUGUUCCAUUUUACCGGGUUUAAACUGUUGUUUAUUUAUCAUAUAUUCUUCAACUUACAUUACAGUAGUGAUGUAGUCAAUUGCUAUCCUUUAUAAAUGACUGAAGAAACAAGGACAGAUUCUUUAUGGAAUGCUCAUUGCAUAAUGCUGUUGUUCCCUUGGAGAACUCUAUUUUAUUAGCUGUAUUUGUCCAGUAUUUUCAGAUCACGGAAUGAGUGAAAAGACGAAGAAUUGAUGCAUCAACAACUCUGUUACACUGAUGCUGUUACUAGAACACAUUUCAGAAUGGAUUUCUCUCCAACACAACCUCUUAAAAUAUCUCCCUUUUACAUUUUUUAUAUUUUCCCUUAAAUUAUCCCUUUUAUGAAAUUCAUUCUAAAUUGUGUUACACGAACUUUCGAAAACUCAUUUCAUAAAGUAAAUUUUGGUGCUUCUCAUACUCCUCUUUGAACUGUUUAAAACUAUCAAAUUUAAUUAGAUGCAUAGCAG